AUGGCUUCACUACAAGCAAAGGCCGAUGCGGUCAAGACGGCCCUGACGUCCACCUCAACAUGCACAACAGCGACCGUUGUGACGCUCAAGGAGUUGUUAUUACUGGACGCCGACAACUCAACCACGACAUCAAAGACAGCGACAAACUCAAAGACGAAAAAGGCGGCGCCAGCCAAACAACAGCUACCUCCCAAAGACCGUGCUGCUCUCGCGACGCAUGUCAUCAACAUUUGCAUCAAGUCCUUAAACGAGGCUGCAAAACCAUCGGUUCCCACGACUCCCAGCAAGCGACAAACAUCUCAAAGCGACCUCAAGAACCCUUCUGCCCCCCGAAGACUACGCAGGUCCCUAUCCGCGCCCUUGUCACCGCUACAGCCCCGAACCUUGAACCGAGUCGCUACUUCACCGAAUGUCACAUCAAAGGCAACAUCACAACCACCACCGCAAUCGACAGGAUGUCUUGCAGUUGUGGAGUGCGCGCGCACCGCCUUUUCCUUCCUCCGAUCAACUAUUGGCUCCGUUCAGCCCACACAGACAGACUUUCAACUCGAGAAUGGAAUGUCAGCAUUCAUCGGCAAGCUUCUGACUCUGGGGUUCCAGGACCAAGCGCUGAAGGAACUGAGAAUCUUGAAACGGAGACUGGAUUCUGGGGUCAGCAAGACAACAAAACCUACAUCAAGCGAGGGGCAAACAGCAGCUCAAGUUAUUGCGGAAUUACUCGACUAUGGCGACAAGGUCCCCGUCAACUUGCUCCCCGUAGUCACAGGAUGUCAGUUCCAAGUGCUACGAUGGAUUUCGCAUUCCAAAAAGCCACACCAUAUCGAAGCAGCACUACCAUUCCUUGAGGAAUCUUAUCUCUCUUCCCCUGUCACUCUGUAUGAGAGACUGGGAGCUAAAGACAAAAAGGAAACCCAAAAGGCGGCUCGGCAACUGGCAUCUUUGUCCCAGACGAUUCUAUCAUUCGCACCCAGUGUGUCCAGCAAGGAGGACCAAGUCGCCACUGAAAUACGAUUGAGCCCUUCCCCCACUUCAGCUUUCAAGCUGCAAGUGCUGUGCUUUAAAGCUCAACUUAAGUGGUGGAAAAUGGCUGGCCAUCGCGGAAGCAUCGACGACGACAUACUCUCACCCUUUUCUCGCUGCGUACGCGCAUAUACUCGACGACAUCCCUCUGCAAAUGGACCAACGUAUGACUUGAUUGCUACAUCAUUCCAGCAACUUAUGGAUCUUAUGGGAUCUCAAAAGUCACAAGCCAAGACUUCGUCAGAAUCACCCUUGACUUUGCUCUAUCAGCUUAUGGGAGUCGCAGCUCAAACGGAUCGCCAAUACGAAGCAGCAUGCCAGUGGUUUCAAACACUGAAGGGCGUAUUGAACCCUGAUGAAGAAUCAGCUAUUCGCAUAUUCUCGGUCUCGGCUCGUCUCCUUGCUGCUUCACUAAAACAGUCCAAAUACAAUUCCGCUACGAAGGAGCUUGUGCAAGAAGUAACAGAGAGCUUGGAAGGCAGUUUGAGUGGCAAUAUUACUGAUCUAAAUGAAUUGUUGGAUAGCCUUUCACUGGCCCGACGAUCAGCUGUUGGCCUACUUGUGAGCAAUUCGAAAGACUCAAAGUCCAAAAACAACACAGUCAUCACUAUCAUGCAACAUCUCAAAACAUUUAUUACGAAAUUCCCACGAUUCGGUCGCCGCUGGCUAGGAGCUCCUCCUGGUAGGGAUGCAUCCACCAAGACCCUUCUGCAAUUCGAUCAACGACGAGAAACUCUGAUGCAGACGAUUAGCCAGAUCAUCGAUGGCGCUUUGGUGGUUAUCAAUGGCGACAUUCAAAACGACUCGACUUCAUGGAAGCAAAUGGACGAGGUUUUGUGGGAUUGUAACAAAUUAGUCGACAGUGUUCUCGACCCUGCAAUUUCGAUAUCACGAACAGAACAGCUGAGCGGCUAUUUUGUCAAGAUAUCAAGUCUUUACUUCGCACGGUACAAUCAGCUACGCAAGGACCUUGGUAAAUCCAAGCAAAUCAAUAAGGAGAUUCUCCAAUGCCUUAGUCGAUCUAUCGAGAUAAUUCAGGACCGGCCCAUGGCACAGCAGGAAAAGGCCCAGAUCUCAACAAAGCUAGAACUUUUUGCAGACCUGUGUAAGGCUGGGAACCGAAGCGACGAGGCAAUCCGAACGUUGCGGUCAAUCUGCACAAACAUGAUUGAAGAUGGUGCCCUGGUGAAAGUCACAGCAGCCCUCGAUUCGCAGCCUCCCAGUGUCGCUUGGAGCGCUGAUGGAAAGGCAGGAACCUUGUCACGAACCCUUCGUUCAAUUGCCAAACUUGAUCAGUCAUGGAACGACUGGGCUUUUUUCCUACAAGAAAAUGAGCGAGCUGCAGUACUGGAGCAUUUGAUGCAGAUUGUCGGCGAUACGCCUUCCAAGGGAGAGCCGCUUAAAUUACAUGACCCGUCUGUACAGGCUCUUUUGAAGAUAUAUACACCAGAACGCUUUCCAAUCCGGCGCCUUCGAGUCUUACUUCACCUACUUUUCCAAGUUAUUGGAGAAGAGAAUGAGAUGGAGCAGAUCAUCAAGUUGGUCGAAGAAUCGACACAGCAGCUAGACAACGAGGCCUACGGCGAGGACAGCUCUCUGACCCGUUACAUCCCUCACCUAAGGACACUGAAGAAGUCGGUAUCAGCUUUGGCAGUUACUGACGCUCCUCUUCCCGUACCUGUACUGCGAGACGCCAUCGCUUCUUGGAAAUCAAUGACCGAAUCCUGCAAGUCAAUAAGUGAACUCUACGAACAGAUCGAUAAUCCAGAUGGUCUCGUUUUGCACCUACAAUCUGCCAGUCAAUUUGCUAGCCUGCGAGGUGAGCAUGGGCUACAACUCGAGAUCUUGGAACUGUCGACACCUCUGUCUAAGAUCCUCGCUGAACCGACAUACAACAAUGUAAUUCUCAAUCACACACUCCUCGCCUCCCAACAUCUCAACAUUGGUCAUUUUGCCGAAGCAAAAGAGACACUCGAUGCGACGAAGAAGCUGCUAGACCAAGCAGAAGGCGUCUCCCGUGGGCUGAUUGCCGAAUUCCAUCUUACUCAAGCCGAGUACUAUUCUGGCAUCGGUGACAUUGAAGAAGCGAAUUCCGCAUUGGCGGCAGCUAAGGCUAUCUACAGUGGAUCUAGCUCAUCAUGGGCUCUGUCAAGAUCCCAAGCUAACAUGUCUAUUGCUCUGAGCUCUUUCCUGGAAUCGGUUCUCGCCUUGAAGCGUGGUCAAGUUCAGGAAGCUUUGAUCAGCGUUAAAUCGAGCGUUCGGGUCCUGUCUCAUGACUGGUCCAAGAUAGAAGCAUCCGUAUCCCAAAGUGUUAUGGACGCUUCAACGACCAGUUUGGAUAGUGUCAAGGCUGGUUCAAAACUCGGCCAAGUGAUUGGGCCACGAUUCUGGGCACUCGCAUUUCCCCUUCUGCGAGGUCUUUUGCACGUUUCUUCCGUAUACGCUCACCUUGGCAUGUAUCAAGAGACCGUUUACUAUGCGGAAUCCGCCCAGAAAAUCGCAGAGACUACGGGCUCUCCACUCUAUCGGGCACAAGUCCUGGCCUGGAUAGGUUCUGUUUACCAUCGUGCUGGGAAGCUGACAAAGGCCCUCGAUUUUGGAAACGAGGCUUUCGAGGAGUUGCCAGAGGAUAUCUCGGCGUCUCGGGUCCGAGUUGCUUGCCAACUGGGCGGGUUAUUCCGCGAUACGGGUGACGAAGACAAGGCUCUCCAACUUCUUCAACUUGCCGAGGAUACUGCCCAACGUCUCGGAGAUCAUGGUAAGGUACUGAGCAUCCAGAACGAGGCUAAGAAGACAGCCCCCGUUGCUGCCAAAGCACGAGCUGCCGCAACUACACGCGCUACUCGCACUGCUGCCAGGACGACUCGAGCCAAAGCCGCCCCCGCUGCUGCUCCUGCCCCAGCGCCGAAGACUCGAAAGCGACAAGCAGCAACCAAGACUCAACCAUCUGCUUUAGAAGUGUCCAAGUUGCCAAAGGACGCGUACCAGGCAUCUUUGAUGGCUUCGGUCAUUUUGUCGCGAGCUCUGGGCUUCAUCAGCCAGAAGGACUGGACUUCGGCUUUGUCAACUCUGGAGCUUGCUAAAGAACUGCCGAAACUGUUCGGUACUCUGUCUCAAGAACAAGUAGUGACUGCGAUUUCUCUCAUCGGCCACAGCACAGAGCAGAUGAUCCAUGAUCCCGUCUUCUCUGUUGUUCAGGAUUCGACAAUCUCUUUCCCAGCAGUCGCAGCUUCUGACAAGACGAGGCGCUCCGUAAGUCAGACGCCUCCUCGUAAGGGACGUGCUGCCGCAGCCACCGAGCGAAAGGGCUCAAAGGAGGCCAAUGUUCCUGCAUUCGCCGAAGCAUUGAGACAAGCCCAAGAGCUUCUUCUCGAGGCCCACGCUUCGACUCUAUCAACUGCUAAUAGCACCAUGGUACAUCGCAUCUCGGCUCUGCUUCAGAACACGGUCAUUCUUCUUUCCGCCACCUCAACGACGCAGUCCAAGGUUCUCGCAGGCUCAGGAUUUGCGACUUUCUCUGUUGAUUUGGCUCGCAACGUCACCUGGAAGCGUGAGCAAAGUACACUGCAGAACAAAGAAGGCACCGAAACAGAUGGCUCGGGGUCUGUCCAAACUUCGAGACGUGAUAGCGUCGGACUCACAACUGAGAUGGCUAAAUUUCAAGAGGACUAUAUCGACUUGGUACCCCACAACUGGAGUGUAUUCUCCGUCUCUUUAAGCGACAAUCAUCAUGAUUUGUGCAUCACCAAAUUCCAAGCGGGCCACAGUCCUUUCAUUCUCCGACUACCGCUCGAGCGUGCCAAUUCUCGAGAUGCUGACUCCGAGAUCUUCAAUUUCGAGCAUGGUAAGGAGGAGAUGAUGGAGAUCAUCCGGCUUGCCAAUGAAACAAGCCACUCUGCUAGUCGCGACUUCAGUGUCAAGGGUGCAAAGUCUGCAUGGUGGGCAGAGCGAGACGCAUUGGAUGGGCGACUCAAGGACCUUCUAGCCACGGUUGAGACGACUUGGUUGGGUGGUUUCAAGGGAAUUUUCUCCCAACACGAACGCCGACCCGAUCUCCUUGCACGCUUUCAAAAGAGCUUUGACCAGAUCCUCGACAGCAAUCUGCCUUCACGAAAACAGGGCCGAGGCAAAAAGCCAACAAAGACAUCCAAGGUGUCUCUCGACCCCCGAGUGCUCGAUCUCUUCAUCGGGCUUGGCGAUCCAACUGAUCCAGACAGCGACUACGAUGAGGCACUCAACGAUCUGCUCUACUUUGUCGUCGACAUUCUUCAGUUCCAUGGAGAACGCAACGCUUACGAUGAGAUUGAUUUUGAUGCAAUGGUGGUUGAGACAUAUGAUGCACUACGUGGUUACUACAACGCUGUUAAGACGGGAUCAGAACGCGCAGAAGACGCACAUACUAUUUUGGUAUUAGACAAGGCUCUCCAUGCUUUCCCUUGGGAGUCAAUGCCAUGCAUGGAAGGCCUCGCAGUUUCACGAGUUCCUUCUCUCGCUUGCUUGAGGCAGCUUAUCACGGAAUCGCAGCCAUUUGCAAACGACGAUGAUUCCGACGAUGCGCCUGAAGGCCACUAUGUCUCUGCCGAUCGAGGAACUUAUAUCCUGAACCCCUCAACAGACUUGGUCAACACGCAGUCUACUUUCCAGCCAAUCAUGAAGGGUGUCAGAAAUUGGAACGGAAUUGUCAACCGCGCUCCCCAAGAGGCUGAGUUCGAAAAGGCCUUGUCAGACUCUGAGAUUCUCCUUUACUUUGGUCACGGAAGCGGGGCGCAGUACAUUCGAGCACGCGCGAUUCGUCGUCUUGAGAAGUGCAAACCAGCAACAUUCUUAAUGGGUUGCAGUUCGGCAUCGCUGACGGAAGCCGGAGAGUUUGAGAACUACGGCCCAGUGUGGAACUACAUGAUGGCCGGAUGCCCGGCGGUUGUGGGCACACUAUGGGACGUGACGGAUAGGGACAUUGAUCGGUUCGCGGGCCGAUCGUUUGAGGAAUGGGGGUUGUUUCCCAAGGGCACGUUCAAAGAGGAUAAGCGAGCCAAGGGCAAGAGUCGGGCCUCGGGCGAGGACGAGACUACGGCGAGUGAAUCGGAGGAAGAUGGGCAGGUAACACGGAACGUGUCACUAGCCGAGGCUGUUGCACGGUCCAGGGAGGCGUGCAGAUUCAAGUAUCUCAACGCCGCUGCGGUGGUACUCUAUGGAAUUCCUGUGUACAUCAAGCACAAAGGUGACGAGUAA